AUAUUCCUGCGGUAUAGUUUGUUCAUAAAUCCACGGUCACACCAGCUCUGUUUUUGAUUGUCAUUCAACAAAAAUUUGUAAAUUUCACAAAUUCCGUAUAAAACCUGUUCAAAUUGAAUACAAAUUCUAAGCAAAAUGAAUCAGCAAUCGUUAAAAGUGCAGCCCAGCGAGUUGACGGUGCUCCAUGCCUCCGGCAAAGUGGGCAUGCCCACAGAGGAGAACUGCUACAAUCAACUGGCUCAUGUGCAUCGUCUGCGCGACUCGGAGGCCAACUACCAUGAGCAUCAGUAUUCGCUCAAUAUGCAGAUGCUGCGCAAUCGCGAGGGUCUGGGCAUUCCACUGAAGAUGGGCAUGGAGCGUCAUUCCGCACGCCAGAUUGGACGUUUGCCCUUCUUGCCCUCCAGCAACUUUAUGGAUGAGGUGCUGACUGGACGCAAUGAGAGCAUCGAUUUUGAGGACUUCUUGGGUCUGCCCGAGUACAACGAGCACAUGCGCCAGCCGCACGCUGUCGUGGAGAAAUCUCUGGGCAUCUACUAAAAUUCACGUACACUUUAAGACACUCCCAAGCACGAAACGCCUAGCGUUUAGUCUACA